AUGAUGGGAGUUAGUUGUGCUGCAUACACGGUGUGGAAUGCCAAGAGAAGCUGCAGCUGGUGGCACAUCUUGAGACAGAAGCUGCACCUCGUUCUCCAGAAAAGGUUCUUGGAAAGAGCAAACAGGCCCCGGCCCCGGCCCCGGCUCUUCCCGGGCCCCGUGGAGGACACAGGCGGCGCAGCCGCUGCCGCCGCCUCCGCUGCGGCUUCCCCGGCCCGAGCUCCGCCGCUCGGCAGCGCGGCCGCUGGCCCCGAGCCGCCGCUGUCCCGUUGCCAGGAGCGAACGCCUGGGGAUGGCCGGCCCGGGGCGCUUGAGGGGCGCUCGGGAGCCGCUCCUGGCCCCGGGCCGAGCGCUGACAGCCGCGUCCCGCCGGCAGGGAAGGCGCAGCAGGGCCUGCAGGAGCAGUACCGGCUGGGUUCGCUGCUGGGCCGCGGCGGCUUCGGCAGCGUCUUCGCGGCCACGCGGCUCUCGGACAGCGCCCCGGUGGCCAUCAAAAGGGUGCCACGGAACCGCGUCCUGCACUGGGGCGAGCUGCCCGACGGCACCAGCGCACCCCUGGAGGUCGUGCUGCUGGCCAAGGUGUCCACUGGCUUCCCCGGUGUCGUCCAGCUGCUGGAGUGGCUUGAGCUCCCCAACGACAUCGUGAUGGUGCUGGAGCGCCCAAAGCGGUCUCAGGACCUGCACCAUUUCAUUCGGGCACGGGGGUUCCUGUCCGAGGAGGUGGCGCGGGAGCUGUUCCGCCAGGUGCUGGAGGCCGUGCGGCACUGCACCAGCUGCGGGGUCCUGCACAGGGACAUCAAACCAGGGAACAUCCUGGUUGACCUGGCCACCGGGGAGGCUAAAUUGAUCGACUUUGGCUGUGGCACCUACCUGCAAGACACAGCCUACACUCACUUUGCAGGAACACGGUCAUACAGCCCCCCGGAAUGGAUGCAUUUUGGCUGGUACUACGGCAAGCCAGCUACUGUCUGGUCCCUGGGCAUCGUGCUGCACCAGAUGGUCUGCGGGGAGCACCCUUUCAGGGGGUGCCAGAACAUCAGCUGGGACCAUCAGCUCUCGCUGCCACAACGGCUCUCUCCAGAGUGCCAAGAUCUGAUCAGGAGGUGUUUAUCCAUGCUGGACAUCGAAAGGCCUUCGUUAGAAGAGCUGUUGUGUGAUCCCUGGAUGCAGGACGUUCAUCUGCCCUAGAAGAAGGGAAAGAGCCACAGGCACACUCUGAUGCAGGGCCCUGCUGGGGCCCAGGGCAGAACCCUGACAGCCUGGUCUCAGCCCCAGGGAAGGAGAAGGAGCCCCUGGAGAAGCUGUAGCAGGUGGGGCUGCUGCUGCUGGAGACAGCGAGGAAGACAUCAAGGAUGACACCUCUUGCUCCACCUGGUCACCAGCAGGCUGAAGAUGACGUCACUUUGAUUCUGGCACCUUCUCCAAAGCCAGGCUCCACAGGGAAUUUGCAGAUGAGUCCACACGCAGGGGAUGCUCCCAGAUUUGGGCAUUGCACAGCCUGGCCGGGAACCAAAGGUUCCCCCUUUGCUGGGGCGGAUGCAGCUGAUCCUUCAGUCGGCUGCCCAGCUGCUUUUGGCAGGGCUCGGGGCAUGGGCUGGGGUGGGUACGAAAUGGGAGUGGGCUCCUGGCCCUGCCAACAGCCCCCACCACCCACCGUGCCCCGGGCUGGGGCUGGGGCUGGGGCAGCCAGCCCGACACAAACCAACCCCCAUGGUGGGAGCAGAGGUGGGACUCCAGAACCUGGGGGGCAGUGCAGGGGGAAGGGAGAAAGCCUGGGCUUCCCUCACCGUGGGUGGGUUUUUCCCUGGCAUGCAGGGGUUGGGCCUUCCUCAAGCCCCAGACAGAGAUAUGAUAUUUGAUCUUUUUUCUUGUUUCCCCUUUUUGUCUGUAAUCUACUUUCAAUAAUUUGUUGUGUGUUUUUCUAGAGGAAGCGUUCUAGGUGGGGUCCAGUCUGGAUGGGGAAGUGCUUGGGAGCAGCUGCGGCGUGGAUGGGCCGUGCCCUUGGAGAAGGCUGAGGACGUCGUUUGGGACCAGCUUUUCUUCCAGCGGUGGAUGGCGUCAGGUGGGUCCCGUCUGCUUGGCAUGGUGGGAUCAGAGCUUUGGGGAGAUGGCAGCGAGCACAGGAGCAUCCUGCUCUGGGCAGCUGCUGAGGGCUGGAUGUGCCGUGGCUGGCUGCAGGCUGGGCACAUGUCCUGCCCUCCUGCUCUGCUGCCAAAGGCAGCAGUGAUGGGCAGCUCUGGGCACCGCUCUGGGCACGGCCAGCAUGGCCUGGGCACCGCGGGCGGCUGGGACAAGGGGACAGGAGCCUUCAGCUGAGGGGCACUUUCUGGUUUCUCUCC